AUAGCUUUAAAAUAUUAUAUAUUAUAUUGAUCAAUAAAAAUGAAAAAAUCAACACUAUUUUUCCAUUAGUACCUAUUUCUGUUUUAUUAAAAAAUUGUUUUUCUAUAAAUUAAAAUCCAAUAUGACUCUAGACACUACAAAAUCGGAAGAGCAAAUCUUUUUCACAAUUCAACAGGAAUAUAAAACUCUUGCGGAGUACAAGAUGGUAGCAGCCGAGAAAAUUUCUGGAGUUUAUGUUAUUCCGUCCUUUGGGAAUUCUCUUUCUUGGUUUGGUGUAAUCUUUGUGCGUGCUGGUUAUUAUGCGGAGGCGGUGUUUCGUUUCAACAUUUUGCUUCCAGAUAGGUUCCCACAGGAUACGGCGCUACCAACAAUUAUAUUUCAAAAUGAUAUAUUCCACCCGCUUAUCUGUCCGUUUACUGGCACAUUGGACAUUACAGCGGACUUUCCAGUUUGGAAAGUUGGGGAGGACCAUAUUUGGCAGGUGUUAAAAUUCUUGCAGUUCGUGUUUCUGGAUCCAUGGGAGUCACUUAAAGCCAGUCCUUCAGUUUUGAAUAAAGAAGCAGCCGAUCUUCUUGCUCAAAAUCGAGCUGAAUUCAUUGCACGCGCUAAAAAAUGUGCAGAACAAAGUAAGCAACAAGUGUACAAUGCGCCGACUUCAGAGGACCCACAUUAUAUUAUAUUUGAAAAGUUCAAUUUUGAAACUCAUGGGCCAGUUAUUGAGAAAAUCAAAUCAAAUAACUUUGAGAAUGAUUCAUCACCCUCAUGCUCUGUGGGCCUCUCUUGGGUAAAGGAAGGUGAAUUCAAAGCACUUAGUUUAGAAUAGUUUAUUUUAGUUGUAUACACAUUAUGUACAUAAUUAUUUCAAUAAUAAUAAUAACUGAUUAUUAUUUUUUAA